AUGGAAAUAUUAAUCGAAAAUACAGUUUGGGCAAAUACAAGAUGUUUUGCUUGUGGAGCACUUGUUUAUGAUAUUUAUCAUAAUCGAUGUUUUUGUUGUCGAAUAUGUAAACGAAAUUUAACUGCAGCGACUCUCAAUGAAGAAGGAGAUGAUAUUUAUUGUACAAAUUGUUAUCGAAAAAAACAACGAGGCGAUUGUAAUAGUAUAGAAUUUCAACGUGCAGCAAGUGAACGAGCAACUUAUGUUUAUAAUGAACGACAUCCUGAUCAACCAUCACCAACGCCUAAUCCUCAACCACCAGUUCGACGUGAUUUUUUAAGAAAUCCCUCAUGGACAUUACGUCAAUUAGAACGACAAUUUCUUUCUCAACAACCUACAACUACUACUACUAUAGAGAAAGCAAAAGAAGAUUAUAUCAAAAUCAGUUCACUUUCUCAUCCUAUGAUGACUAUUAAAACAAAUUUCUCAAAUCCAAUUAAGUUCACUAAAUUUCCACGUCAACCAUUAACAAUAAAAAAUGAACCAUCACCAUCGCCAUCAUUACAUUUUUCGCCUGCCUUUUCACCUUUUCCAAAUAAUCGUACGGAAUCAGGAUCUACAACACCUAAUCAUCUACAAACUUCACCAAAAAAGUGCUACAUUUAUUAA